AGCUCCUUCUCCAUCCUCAGGUCCAAGAUGGCGGCGGCGGCUCCUCCGGCUCCAUCUCCGCCUCCCCCUCCUCCGGCAGGCCCGUGCUGCCCGGGCUCCUGGCCUAACUUCGCCGUCGUCUGCUCCUUUCUUGAGCGCUACGGGGCUUUGCUGGACCUGCCCGAACUGCCUUUCCCCGAGCUGGAGCGCGUCCUGCAGCCGCCACAGGAGCCAGGAGACCAGGUUCCAAAAGAAUUGGUGGAGCUUCACUUGAAACUGAUGAGAAAGAUUGGGAAGUCUGUCACAGCAGACAGAUGGGAAAAAUAUUUGAUCAAGAUAUGCCAAGAAUUCAACAGCACUUGGGCUUGGGAGAUGGAAAAAAAAGGAUACCUAGAAAUGAGUGUUGAAUGCAAACUGGGGAUUCUGAAGUAUCUCUGUGAAUGUCAGUUUGAUGACAAUCUAAAGUUUAAGAAUAUAAUUAACGAGGAGGAUGCCGACGCCAUGCGUCUUCAGCCCAUUGGUCGAGACAAGGAUGGCCUGAUGUAUUGGUACCAGCUGGAUCAAGAGCAUAAUGUCAGGAUGUACAUAGAAGAACAGGAUGACCAGGACGGAUCCACGUGGAAGUGCAUUGUUAGAAACCGCAAUGAGCUUGCCGAGACCCUUGAGCUCUUGAAAGCACAAAUUGAUCCUGCCCUGUUGAAAAACAACAAUUCUCAGCAGGAGAAUUCAUCACGUGAAAGCCCAAGCAUAGAAGAUGAAGAUGCCAAAAAGGGUGAAGAAGCAUCUACACAAGAAAAUCAAUUAAAAAUCAAAGAAGAAAAAGAGGAGGUGGAGGAACAGUCAACAGAAUUGGAAAACCUUCCUCUUCCUGUGGUCAAAGAAGACGAAAAUAUGUUGAAAAAUGAGAAAGUAGAAGAAAAAGAAAUUAUAAAAUUGCCAGUAAUAGUAAAAUUAGAGAAACCUUUGGAAUAUAGUGAGGAAAGGCAAACUGUCAAAGAAGAAAGUGACUCCUUUAAAGAAAAUGUCAAGCCUGUUAAAGUAGAGGUGAAGGAAAACAAAAUAGAACCAAGAGACUUGAAAGAAGUAAAAAGUUGUACAGACAAAAUAGCAGUUCAUGAGCCGGAGAGGUUGGAAUUUUGUGUUAAUGUUAAAACUCCCCAAGAAAUUGUGGACAAAUCUGUGGAAGAAAGUGAGAAACUCAAAAAUGACCAGCAGGCAAAAAUACCACUUAAAAAGCGAGAGAUCAAGCUGACGGAUGACUAUGACAGUCCGAUAAAGGGGCCCCUAUGUAAAUGUGUUACUCCAACAAAGGAUGUCUUGAAGGAAGAAGGGAAACCAGAAGAAGAAGCUUUUAAGAGAGUCCCUACAAUUACUGCUUUAUGUCCUGAUGGGAAAGUGCUAGUAAAUGGAGAGGUUAGCUGUGAAAAAAUAACCCCAAGUGUCAUACAAAACAAUAAGUCGGAACACUCUGCUAGCACAAAGGAAGACAGCAGCUCACUAAAAGAGAGAAAUGGAAAAAGUGGGGAAAAGUUAUCAGACUCUGUAAAGGUAUCAGACUCUGUUAGUAAAAUUAUAAAAGCUUGUGAGAUUGAGAAAAAUGCAAUAACUGUGGUGAAAGAAAUAGGGACUGUGGUCUCUGAGGUUUCUAAUCAGAAAGUGCCUUUAAAGGAGGAAUCUAGUCCUGUGGAAAAGGAGUCCCUUGACAGCACAGCUACUGAAAUGGUAGUGGAAGAGUCUUCAAACUCUGAAGACUGUGCCAAAAUGACUGAAGAGAAUCUAGCCACGAAAACAAAAAAAGACAGACUACAGCCACCCAAAGAAUGUUUAGAGAAGCUGGAGAAGUCCACAGAUGCAUCUGCUCCUUCAGAAUUGCCCAAGGUUGCGCUGUCCGAUGAAGAGACUUUGCAAAAUAAAGGUGAGUCUGAGGAGAAACCUAAUUCUCCAAAAGCUGCUGAGAUACCCCCUGCAUCUACUUCUACUGUUACUUUAGAGAAACCUGUUUUGGAAAAGGAGGGCUCUGAUAGUAAAAUGGCUCUACAUGAGGAGGGUAAAGUAGAAGAAAAACUCAGCCCUGAAAAACAAGAGGAAGAGCCUGAAACUGCCAAGACAGAGCCAGAUAGAUUAGAUGAUGCCCAUGCUUCUAAUCUGGAGGACUCCUCAGAGAGUAAAAAGGAAUCUCCAUUACCUAAAAGCAAAUUUAAAUAUAAGCUAGUUUCUGAAGAAGAAAGCUGUGCAACAGAUAAUAAAGAAAUAACUUCUGAAAGACAGAAAGAAGGAAUUAAAUUAACAAUCAGGAUCUCUAGUCGGAAGCGAAAGACAGAAACACCGCCAGAAGAGGUCAGCAUUGGUCGCACAUUAAGGCGCUCUCCAAGAAUAUCCAAGCCUACUCCAAAAGUUGUGGAGACUCGGGAUCAGAAACCUGACAAAAAACGACCUGAAGAGGAGGAGGAGAAACCUGCAGCAGCACAGAAACCAGAACGAAAAGAAGAUGCAAAAAAACAAGAGAAGGAGUCAAAUUCUAAGGUUAACAAGAGAAGCAAAGUUCGGUGGACAGGUACGCGAACACGUGGCAGGUGGAAAUACUCAAGUAAUGAAGAAAGUGAGGGCUCAGAGAGUGAAAAAAACUCUGAUGACGAGGAAGAAGAAGAAGAAGAGGAGGAAGAAGAAGCUGCACCAGCUGAUGAUGAUGAGCCGUGCAAGAAGUGUGGCCUUCCCAAUCACCCUGAGCUGAUUUUGUUGUGUGACUCUUGUGACAGUGGGUACCACACCGCCUGCCUUCGCCCUCCUUUGAUGAUAAUCCCUGAUGGAGAGUGGUUCUGCCCGCCUUGCCAGCAUAAAUUACUCUGUGAGAAAUUAGAAGAACAAUUACAAGAUCUGGAUGUUGUCUUAAAAAAGAAGGAGCGUGCAGAACGCAGAAAAGAGCGACUGGUGUAUGUGGGUAUCAGUAUUGAGAACAUCAUUCCACCUCAGGAGCCAGAAAUACCUGAAGGUCAGGAAGAAAAGAAGAAAGAUUCCAAAAAGCCAAAAUCAAAGCUGCUUGAAAGGAGGUCUACCAGAACCCGAAAGUGCAUAAGCUACAGGUUUGAUGAAUUUGAUGAGGCAAUUGAUGAGGCGAUUGAAGACGAUAUCAAGGAGGCUGAUGGAGGAGGCAUUGGCAGAGGCAAAGACAUGUCUAAUAUCACAGGUCACCGUGGAAAAGACAUUUCCACUAUCCUAGAGGAAGAAAGGAAGGAAAACAAGCGACCGCAAAGGGCUGCUGCAGCACGGCGCAAGAAACGACGGCGACUAAAUGACUUGGAUAGUGACAGUAAUCUGGAUGAAGAAGAGAGUGAGGAUGAAUUCAAGAUCAGCGAUGGAUCUCAGGACGAGUUUGUUAUAUCAGAGGAAAAUAUGGAUGAAAGUGAAGAUGACCCACCAUCAAACGAAGACAGUGAUUCAGAGUUCUGUGCCCGCAUAUCCAGGCGACACCUCUCCAGGCCCAUGAGGCAAAGCAGGCGGUUACGAAGGAAAACAGUCAAGAAAAAAUAUUCUGAAGAUGAUGAAGAUGAAGAUUCUGAGGACAAUUCAAGCAGAGAAUCUGAGAGUGGUGAUUACACAGAUUACAGUGAUGAUGAUUACCUGGAAACCAGGAGGAGAAGAUCAAGACGGAAUCAGAAGAGACAAGUUAAUUAUAAGGAAGAUUCAGAAAGUGAUGGCUCACAGAAAAGUGUCCGAUAUGGGAAGGAGUUAAGAAGAGUUCAUAAACGCAGGCUCUCCACUUCAGAUAGUGAAGAGAGCUACACAUCUAAGAACUCGGAAGAUGAUGAAUCCACAAAGGAAUCAAAGCGAUUGAUUCGAAAACGUCGGCGAAGUACAGAUGACUACUCUGAGGAAGAAGGAGAGGAUGAGGAAGACGAAGGGAGGCCUGUCCGCAAACGGCUGAAUCGAAUCGAAACAGAUGACGAAGAUAACUGCGAAAAUACUAACAACGACGCAGAAAACGCCGCUCCUGCAAAUAAGCUGCCAGCACCACAAGCUCCUCAAGACACCACCAAGAAGCACUGCUACCGGAUAGAAAGCGAUGACGAAGAUGACUUUGAUAACGUAGGGAAAGUAGAGAGCCCUUUGGACUACAGCCUGGUAGACUUGCCUUCCACCAACGGACAGAGCCCAGGUAAAACCAUUGAGAACUUGAUUGGGAAGCCAAGUGAGAAGACCCAGGCCCCCAAGGACAGCACAGCCAGCGCCAGCCUGGCGCCCAACGGGACGGGGAGCGGGCAGGAAGCGGUAGGGCCGGAGGAAGAUGAAGAUGAACUUUUGAGAGUGACUGACCUUGUUGAUUACGUCUGUAACAGUGAACAGUUAUAAGACUUCCAUUUUUGUGCUAAUUUAUUCCACGGUAGCUCAUACCAGCGGGCCAGUUAUUAAAAGCUGUUUUAUUUUUCCUAGAAAAUUCUCCACUACAGUAUCACUUUUUAGAAGCAAGAAUUUCACCAGUCCUGCAGUCUUUCUGUGAAGUGACCAGUUUUGAACUUUGAAGAUGAAUUGCUGUAAAUUCCCUCUCUUACCCCCCCCUUCUCCUUCCAAGUCCAUGGUCCUGGGUAAUUUCACUCACAAAAACCUUAUAACAACAAGAGAUUUGUAUAUUUUUGACUUUAUAUUUCCUGAGUGCAUACAAAUUUGUGGAAAUGGGUGGUCUAAGAAAGCAUUCCAAAUCGGUCAGGGCCCAAACCGGAACUGGGGUGGGUUUGGCUCAAGGGGUGGGGUGGGGAGGGUGGUGCAGAAGCACUUGUGCUUUAGCUUUUUCAUAUGAGAUAUAUAUUAUAUUUAAAUGUUCACAACUUAGAUUACAACUUAACAGACAGUUAAAAAGAAAUUAAUGUCUGUACUGUCGCAUUUUGUGAGUUGUAGGUUAACAUACCAUAGCUCAUUUUAGUAAUCACCUUCAUGGAAGCAGUUUGAUUUUAAUACUGGAGGCAAACGGAAUUAUUAGAGGCCAAGAAGGUACCAGAAGCAAGAACUACUAUCCAUUAUGACUUGCAGACUUUCCUAAUAAACAUCCUUUAAAGUGUUUGUACAGUAAAGUGUACUGUAAUGAAGUUUUUGACAGUCGAAACAUGCUAGCCAUGAAUUUAUAAAGCUAUCUCAUGCAUAGUUCAUCAGAUGGUCUUCGAUGCACAGUGUCUAGUGCGAGGACAUAUCGGUGUGAAGUUGUCUGUAGGUUGGAUGGCAUCUUGACGUGCUGCAAACUUGUACAGACACAAGAACCCUGCGGUAGCUGCCCGGCCACUCGAGUUUCACCAUCUGUUGGAGUAUUCUGAAUGAAAAAGUGUUUGUACAAACAGCACUGACCACAGAAUGACAGUGCAUCAGAGGAUUGAGGGCUUUUCAAAUAAACCGUGACUGGUCCAUUCAUGUCUUUAAUAUCUACUUCAAAUUGAAGUAAACAAAUGGAACAGUUUUCCUUUUGGAGGUUUUCUGUUUGGGGUUUGUGUGUGUUUUUGUUUUGAUUUUACUUAUCUGCCUGGAUGUAUUAGCAGGUUUUGAAUGUAGUAUUGGCCUUUGGCCAUUAGAAUUUUCUUAAAGUACAUUUUAAUAAUCGUCAUGUGACCAACUGAUUUCAAGAAGGCAGUAUUUCUGAGAGAAAACGCUUGACUCCAAGACAUCUCAUCAACUUUUGAGUAAGCAUUAAGUGGUAUGUGCUUUUAUUUGAAGAAAAAAAAAAAAAAAAAAAAGACAAGAAAAGAUAAAACACAACAUGGGGCACAUAAAGAACAGAGCUGAAAUUUGUUUUGGGUAGCAUUCAGUUUUCUCUUUACUCUGAAUUAAGAUGCAGGCUGUAUCAUUUGUACAUGUUGUAGCCCACAGACAGCUCAAACAGAUCUGCCAAACACUGAAAUCCAAAAAGGUCACAUCUAUUAAUCCUUUUGCUCUGAGAUUUGGAUUUUUGACUGGUGCUUAUGUCCAUUGCCGGCAAUGGAUGCACCAAAACUGCUGCUGCCACCGAGGAGUGAGUUCUCCUUUCCUGCCCCACCUGAUUCCCUUCCAUUAUAUUGUAUUUACUAGUCAGUCAUUAAGCACUUCUGUUUUCUUGUAAUAAAACAGGCAUUAGGCCUUUACUAAAUACCUCUUUAGAAAACCUAGAUCCAAAAAUUAUCUACCUUCUGGCCUUGAAAAUCUUGGUUUUGUUUUUCCACCUCUUUCUCCACAACUUCCAGCAGAACCACUCCAUGACUCUUACUCAUUUGGGUUCUAGCAGUGCACAUAUCUUGCUAUAAAACUAGAUUCAGCAGAGACUCAAAUGGAUGGAACUCACUCAUUAUCUCCUGUGCUAAGCAAGCUUGUGAUUUUAAAAAAUGAGAAAUCACUCUUUCUAAACAAGAACUACAUUCUAUUAAGGAUUAAAUAUUUUUUCACCCUGCUGAUGUUUUCAUAAGCAGAUAUUAAAACAGGGUAGUAAAAACCCACAGACGUUUAGAAUGAGUUCUUAAAAACAUAUGCAGCAUUUUAAGCUACUCUAGUAUUUUCCUUUGCUUAGGUGAUACAUAAAUGUAGUGCUUCUACAUUUCUAAUAUACUUGUGUUUUAAAACAAGCAAGAACACAUGGCUUUCACUUCUCAAUGUUAGUAAUUGCUGAGCAUUUUUAAUACUUGCAAUGCAAACUGAUUUGUGUGCAGCAACACUGUGUGACCGAUCGUUUCUUGUUUUGGCAGUGCCAUAAUCUUUAUUUUGCUGCCUGAUGGAGCCUUUUAGUAUCUGAUCAGUGCUGCAGCAAACAUUCUCUUGGUUGUAGAGUCAACCCCAGUGUUAAGUACUUAGGGGGCAAGUAAUUGUGAUUGUAGGAAAAUACAAAAAAGCUACCAAAUACACUGACCAGGAAAAACUCGAGUACUGAGUUAGGGAGUGAUGUAAAAGCAGGAAAGACCAGGAAGCAGAGUUGGAGCAUUGAAACUUACACCAGGACCGCUGCGUUUUAAAAAUGCAGAAUGACAAGUUGUUACCAAGUUUUACUUUCUAUAGGUCACUUUUCGAAAAAAACUUUUCUGUCUUCUAAGAAGUCACCUUUGGUACCCGAGACAGCUUCAUCCCCAGGAUCCAGAGUUCCCCCUUAGACCAGUGGCAAUGUGCAGGUAAAAACUGCAAAAAAUGCCCUAGAAAGUCUUAACAUUUUCGAACUUACUUCUCUAAUUUCUAAGACUUCCUGCUUGGUGGAAAAUGUACAGUCUCCUAUUUGGGAAGACAUUUUCUGACAUGAGGCAGGCUGACUGCCACACAGGGUUCAUGCUGCUGUAGUACGUAUAUAUGAUUCCAGAGUGGAAACAUCCUCCUGGUGUCCUUACAAUCUUGUGCUCUUCUUUACUCAUCAUGAGAUCAGAAGUUAAAUGUUUUGGAAUAGUGAUCUUCAGAUGUGGCUUUGGACUAGCAGAAACCACAAACCGUAGGAGAAAUGGAGUGAAAACUGGCCAGGGAUUUUUUUUUUUUUAUAUAAUGGAUUUAAAAGUACGAGAACAAGCAGCUAUUAGCUGAACAUAAAAAGCAUUUAUUCAACAAACUUGUUUAUUCCACAGGUUGUCACUAAAAGUUUUGUCUUUUUAGACUGCAAACUCUUCAGAGCAUAACUGAUCGGGAAGAAGGUGAAUUGGUUUCUAUGUGCAGUUCAAGUAGCAUUGAUGAGGGGAAGAACCUGUAGGUCAAGUGGAGGAAUGGACAUUUUUUGUGUCACGAGGAUAAAUGAUGGCUAUUUGCUUUCUUGCAUGCAGCCUGUGUGACUGUCAGGGACACAAAGUGCACAGCGGGCCCGCUCUGUAAUGAGUGAAUGUGGUGUGUUAAUCCAACCAGAAGGAUGGUAAAAUUAAGAACUCAAAGUUUCACCACAGUUGCUGUCUUCUAGUUAUGGAGUCUUCUAAACCUGAGCGUAUUCUUGAUUUAAAAAUGGAAAAUAACAUCACCAAACUACUAAAAAAACCCUUAGUGUUGAAAUCUGCUAGGAAGUGCCGAACAAUCAACUCUUUGAUAGUUUGACUUUGUACAUGUUGAAUUACACUAUAAAAUCACUGCAUCUUCCUGAUUUUUUUUUAAUGAAAGGAUUGCUCCAACAGCAUUUGAGAAACAGAGAUGCUUUUUUCUAAAUUGCUCGUUUAUGAAGUAUGUCACCUUCAAGAUUUCUCUGCAUUGAAGCGUCUCGAUUACUCUUCAUCUCUUGGGAGCUAAUGACUUAGUUGAACUUGUUUUCUGUUCACUGCUGCCUUUGUAUUGCUGUGUCUGAACUCUUGGCAAGAGACCUUACUCAAACAACCUCAAGGGGAAAAAACUAUGUUCACAAAAGAAGAAUUGUAUGGUGGUGGUACCCUUGUGUUCUGAUUUGUCUUCACAUCUAUCAUUUGAACUGGAUUGGUAUCCAGAUGCUGCAACUGAUUAAUAAUUUUAAUAGUUCUUUGUCAGGGUGUCCAUUUUAUACCUAUGUUUUCAGGUGCUUAUAAGUUGGGUUUCAAUGCUCUUCAGUAUGGAGGCCUGGUCUAAACUUUCAAAUAAUUGUUUCAAAUUACAUAUUUUCACAAAGUUUUAUGAAAAGUAAAUAAGGAAUUUUUAUGGCACCUGGCUUUUUAAUUUACUUUGUACACAGUAAUUUAAAUAAAUUAUGGCAGUAAUGCUGGCCCCCGGAACUGGUCUGAUGAAGAGAUUUGUAUCAUGUAGUUCAAAAUGGCAAUAUAUAGGCCUUGAAAAUUGUUUUUGGUACAUGUGCAGUGACUACUAUUCACGGGCUUGUGUCACAGAGAUGCAGCGUGCACCCUACAUAUGUAUUUACAUUUGACAUAUGCUUCCAAUUCACUGGGUAUAUAAAAUCCUUAAAUAUAUAAGUAUAUAUAUAUAUUUAAAAAAAAAAAAAUCAAAUAUCUUCAACCAAAACAGUAACUUUCUGAAAAAAUCUGUAUUGAACAUGGUGGGGGAAACUCCAGCAAUUCACAUGAAGGAGCACAAUUCUUCAAUUCCUUAAGUGUUUAAAACUUCUAGAGAAGCAUUUAAGAUACUGUCUGAAGUAAUGAUUUGCAGGAUCGAGCCCGCAUUUCCUGGUAGUCUUUUCUUCCUCCCCUUCCCUAACAGUUGGGGAAGGGACUAUAUCUCACUUAAAAUGUUGGAAGGCAGAAAAUAAAAAAUCCAACAGAAAUUAUCCUUAUUUUUUUUCAAGUAUAUACUGAUGUAAGAAAAAUCCUGUAUGACUAACUUUUGGUGCUUUACAGCCGAAUACCCAAUCUGAGACCUAGCAGAGAGUUCUGGCUUCAGAAAUAUUUAUCAAUUGAAAAUUAUUUCUGAAGCUGGACACCCAGCAGUUGGGGUAUCAGAGAUUACUAGCUGCUUCUGAAAAUGCACAUCACUUACCAAGCUCUUAUUUUAGAUUAGGUGUAACUAACUGAGAUGAUAGUUCCAAACAGCAAAACGCGUGCUUGGGAACCGACUGUCCCAAUGCUUCAGAGUAAUUUAACUUAUUUUGUAUAUUGCAAAAGAUGUAUAUUGCUUAGGAUGACACUUAAAAAAGAUUGUGUACAGCUUCUGGGGGAAAGAAUAGAACACUCUAAAGUAGAUAAGUUUUUAUAAUUGAAUAUGUGGUAUAAAGGCUCCAGAUUUAACUGCAAUUAAAAGGAAGUCCUCCAA